UAUGUUAUUUGAAAGUUCUAUUCGAACAGGAGAUCCUCGUCUUUCAACAAGAAAUAAAUAAGCAUAAACUACAGAAGUAGUUAAUACUUAUGAUUAAUCUUUUAAUGGCAGAGUCAUUUAUGCAAGAAACCUAUUUUCCAAAUUAUUCUUGUAGAUGAUUAUUAUCUGUAAAUAUUUUAAUUAUAACUUUAUUUAUAGGUAUCUAUGUAUGGAUUGUCCAUUCUAUACCUGCUUUAGAUAAAUUCCUAGAAUAAACUAGAUGGAUAUUUUGGUUAAGUCUAGGCAUCUGUGUAGGAACAGCCACCUUAGCUUUAAUUUAUCGUAACCAUAUUACAUUAUCUCCAACUAAUUGGUUGGUAUUUAUUGUAUUUACAUUAUCAUUUGCUUCUGUUUGUGGUUGUUUAGUUGCAUUUGGUAAUUCCUAAAUUGGAUUAUUACUCUUUGUUAAUUUUGCAAGUAAGUUAAAAUAAAUUAAUAGGCUUAAUAUUCUUUUUAUUUUUAUACUCAUCAACUGUCAGAAGAAAAAUAACUUAUUCUGGGGCUGUAUUAUUUGUAUCAGCAAGUAUAUUGAUAGUGUUUGAACUAUUUACAAUAUUCACUAAGAUAUCAUUGUUUUGGAUUAUGGUUAUAUCUUUAUCAUCCUUUUUAUUUGCAUUUCUAUUGUUAUAUGAUACAUAUACUAAUUUAAAGUAAUAUUAAUUUAAUAUUAAGUUGUGGAGAUUCAUAUGAUAUCAAUAAGGCAGAUGAUGUGAGUGGAAGUGUAACCAUUUAUUGGGACAUUAUUCUAUUAUUCUUAAAGAUGGCAGACCUUAUCAAAGAUAAUCUAUCUAAUAGAUAGAAUUGA